UCACACUACCAUGGUCGAGUUCCAGAGUAUGUUGCUCAAACUAGAACAUGAACUGGAUGCAAAUGAGGUGAAAGAGCUUAUGUUCUUGUGCAAGGACCUUAUUCUACCAACACCAAAUAUAAAAGUACUCUUUGAUAAGUUACAGGAGAAUGGCUUGUUGGGUGAAGACAACAUAUUUAUUAUUAAGGAGCUUUUAUACUCUAUACGCCGAUAUGAUCUUCUCAAAACAGAAUUCAAUACACAAAGGGAACAAAUGAUGGAAGAUAUGAAAAUUCCAGGAUUGUCCAAAAUUAUCCCCUACAGGCAUUUACUCUAUGAUUUAUCUUUACACGUCUCCAAUGAUGAUCUGAGCAAAGUCAAGCAUUUAUUGAGCAAUGAUAUUUAUAUAUCAAGGAUGCAAAAUAUAGAAGAUAUGUUGGACAUUUUUACUGAAAUGGAGAAGAAAGCCAUUCUACAUCCAGACUCACUUGAGAGGCUUAAGAACAUAAUGAAAACCAUUGAUGAAAAUCUUAUGGAAAAAAUUGUUAAAUACGAACAAAGCAGGAUGAGUUUUUAAAAAAUGUAGGGUAAAAAAAAAGUAUAUAUAUAUAUCCAGGAUCCUCCACAAUCUCUACUAGUGGUGGACCUAGGGUUAGACUUAAACUCCCUCCUGAGAUUCUAACACCAUAUACUGAUACCUUGCCACACCGGUUAAUCUCUUAAUAGAGCUGACAAAGGCAAACGUAAAGGUUAAGCAGACCUCAGAACAGGCAUUUCAGGCUUUAAAAUAAGCAUUAUGUGCUGACGCAAUUUUAGUCACCACAGACAUUUUUAAGGAAUUUAUUGUAUAGACUGAUAAGUUUUUGUGCAUAUGGUGUUUAUUGGCAUGUAAUGUUAGAGUGUGUAUGUGUUCGUGUAUGGGGUUAGUAUAUCUGUUACCCAUCACAGAA